UAUCGGCUCCUCUAUCAGUAACACACACUCGCUCUCCUCACAUGACUCUUAUACCCAGGAUGCUGCGCUCUGCUCCUCUCUGACGGGCGCGGAAGGCGAUCCGCCCGGAUUGGGGUUUCUUCACCAGCGCCGAGGAUCUGCAGUCUAAGAGCCGGAGCCCGAGCGCGCGCGUGUCGUUGUGUGUUGGUGUGUGGAGGCUCGUGCCCUGCUGUCCGCGCAGAGCUGAGCUGAGCUGAGCGGGUGUUUAUCUGGAGCUGAACUUCCCUCGCGGUGAGAAACUCGAGAGAGAGAGAGAAGUUGUGUUGUGGAGACAGAAGCAGCAGCGGCCGCCCGGCAGCGCGUCUGAGUGAGAGAAGAGCUCUGACAACCAGACCCGCCACAGCACGGUAGGGAACAUGGACCACAGGGUAGUCUUCAAUACACUGGAUUCAGUGUGUGUAGAAAUGAUCUCUGCCAUCUCCAGCCAGGUCAGUCUACUGUCCAACAAUGCCACCAGUCAGCUGCUGUCUGCAAUAGGACGCAUUCAGGAGCAUAGCCAUGCUGUGGAAGCGCUGGUCGCUGGCUUCACUGCUGUGUAUCACCACUAUGAUUUCAAUGCAGAGACACCUGGGAACGGAUACCGUACGUUAGUAAAGGUAGUGCUGUCCUGCUUACUUCAUAUAAUUCAGAAAGCCCGCUACAUUGCCUCCAACUGUGGGGGUGUGUUUUUUCGGGUGGACCACAAUGCCAGUGAGAUGGAGGCGUACUGCACGGCUCUCUGUCAGCUACGGGCGCUGCUGUAUGUGGCCCAGCGGUUGCUAAACGAUAACGAACAUGGUCAGCUGUACUCGCAAGAAGAGGGCCUCAGCGAGAAGUUCAUGAAGGAGUACACAUCCAUGCACAAGGCCUGUUUCUAUGGGCGCUGCUUGGGUUUUCAGUUCUCUCCAUCUCUCAGACCUUUCCUACAGACAGUGGUGAUCAGUAUGGUGUCCUUUGGAGAGAACUACAAGAAACAGCAGACAAGAAUAGGAAGGGCUGCGCUAUCAGUCUUCACAUCUGGGAAGUAUGUGGUGGACCCUGAACUGAGGGGGGCGGAGUUUGAACGCAUCACUCAGAACCUGGACAUGCAGUUCUGGAAAACGUUUUGGAACAUCACCGAGACAGAGCUGAUAUCAAGUUUAGCAAGCAUCACAUCUAACACAGUGCAGGUGAAUCUGAUGCUGUCAGUUCCUGGAGAGCCGCUAAGUCUGCCUCUGGCCUCGGACCCAAGCCUGGUGGUGAAUGUGUCUCCUCCUGUUGCUCACUGGGGUCCAGGACCUGUAAACGUGCGCCUCAUCUCCCAUGCACUCCGUGAGGGCCAGGACAGUGCAGAGCUGAUGGCACUCUCUCGGGGUGAAAGGCCUCCACGUUCUCUCUCUGUGGGCUUCAGGAACCAGAAAAGCCCUCCAUCUCCAUGGCUGCUCAUCCACUUCCAUGGGGGAGGAUUUGUUGCACAGACCUCCAGAUCACAUGAAAGCUAUCUGAAGACCUGGUCAAGAGAUCUGAAUGUGCCUAUUCUGUCUGUGGAUUACUCUCUGGCCCCUGAAGCCCCCUUCCCUCGAGCCUUGGAGGAGUGUUUCUAUGCUUACUGCUGGGCCCUAAAGAACUGUCACAUGCUGGGCUCCACAGCAGAGCGAGUGUGUCUGGCGGGGGACAGCGCCGGUGGAAACCUGUGCCUCACCGUUUCAAUGAAGGCCAUGUCUCACGGCGUACGAACACCUGACGGUAUCAUGGCAGCUUAUCCAGCAACACUUCUGACAACAGAUGUCUCACCAUCUCGCCUCCUCACACUAAUUGACCCACUGCUUCCUCUCAGUGUGCUUUGUAGAUGCAUCAAUGCCUACACUGGUACAGACAGUGAGGCAGUGCAGCCCAUGCAACAACUGGACACUUUGAGUGCUCUGGGGCGGGACACUGCAGUGUUGCUAGGGGACAUUACACAGGGAGCUUCUAACUGGCUGCAGUCACUACUCAACUCAACAUCUGUUUCAUCACCACCCGCAACUAGAUCAGCCAACGGGCUUCCAGAUGCUGUACCUCGCUCUGAAGAUAUGUCAGAAGACACUACAGAAUUUCCUGAAGGAUUUGAACCACUGCGCUCUGGGUGUCUGGUGGAUAUUAGGACCCCAAGCACCCCAAUAAUGAGGAACCCGUUUGUUUCUCCUUUACUUGCCCCGGACAUCCUUCUCAAAGGCUUGCCUCCAGUACACCUAGUGGCUUCGGCUUUGGACGCCCUCUUGGACGAUUCUGUAAUGUUUGCUAAAAAGCUGAGGAGCAUUGGCCAGCCAGUAACCUUGACCGUGGUGGAAGACCUCCCUCAUGGCUUUCUCAGCCUAUCACAGAUUUCCACAGAGACUCAGGAAGCAGUAGAUACUUGUGUGGGACGAAUUCGAGAGGUCUUUGAGCAAGACCCACCUCCUAAAACGCACAAGCCAGCUAAUCUCAACCAGAAAAACAAUACUGUAUGUGGCUGAGCUGCACUAAUAGGAGCCAUUUGUGUUAAAGUAAAAACAAAUAAGAAAAGGGACUUCAAAUAAAGGGAGGAUUCUGAUCAAACUAAACAUCAACAAAAAUCCACACACUUCCAUGCCUUAAAGGAUCCUUAGACCAUUUAGAGCCAAAACAUUUUCCACUGCUGGCUUUUAAUUUGUUCUAUUGUUCUACAAUGACCUUACAGAGUUGCUGACAUUACGACAUGACCUGUGUUGUUAAAGAGGAUUCUGAAGUUCACAUCUCUAGACACUGUAGAAAAUGAUUCCAUACUGUAUAAAUAAAGCAUUACUACUCCAAACAUUUAAACUAAUAUUAAACAGUACAGUUUUCCCAGGUUAUAAGGCACAUUCUGUUUAUCAUCAGAUAAAAAAAAUCUUGUUAAUUAGCAUUAUAGUUUAAAGGCAAAUGCAAAAGAUUUUAUAUCAGUAAAGUUCCAUGGUUAACAUCUGAUUGAAAUCGGAUCUUUUUGGUCUGAAACACUUUAAGAAUUGUCAAUGGUGAUGGAAAACAUACAUCACUGAGGUUUACCACAUUAAUAUGGUUCUGCUGCCUGGGGCACUGUUUUAUGAUAGCUUUAUAAAAAUCUUUGGUAUGAUGUGAGAGCUAUAUGUCAUUUGUACUUUUGUACUGCUGGACUUACCUUCACUAACUUAUUGUAUACUUUGAUACAAAUAUAUCUGUAUUAGAGGAUUUUAUUUUUUAAAUGCACUGUGGGGAAACAUCAUGGGUAUUUUGAACUAUACAGAUAUACUAUAGAACUAUAGAAAUUGCUUGUGUGUCACAGUUUGCUGCUUCAUAUGAAUUAACAAAGCUACACCCUCAAAGCACAACCCCAAAUCAAAAUAAGGCUUUUUAUAAAAUGCCUACUUUUAUAAAAUGCCUGGAUGUCAACUUAAAUGCAUUUGUUGCUUUAAGGUCUGAAUGUAAUGGUCAGCUUUAAUGCUGCAAUCAGAGACACUGACUUUUAGUACUGUUGAUAAAAACAGUCUGGUCCUUUUCUAGACAAAUAUCUUGGGUUCACAAUAUCUGCAAUGUGUUCUUCAAACUGUCCCAGUCUUUUCUAAUUUGGUUUUAUUUACUGAGAUACUGAGUCUGGAUGUACUAAAAUCCCCAACAUAUCAAUGAUGUCGUGUGCUUUAACACCACUGUGCCCAUGCAAUUUAAAGGCAAUUACAAGUACAACUUUCUAAUACCCAGCUACCGGUCACAUACCAUGCAUUGUAUGUAUGGUUUUAUUUAAUACAUUUGAAUGUAUUAUUUGUAAUACCUCUUAACAGGCAUAUAAUAGCCUAUUACAUGUUUAAAUUGCUGUAAAUAUACAUCUCAUCUUUAUAUUUAUAUUUCACAAUGGAUUUAUACUUUUUGAGAUGACAACAGCAGAGCUUAAUAUUUUCAGGACUGCCUAAUGUUUCUACUUCACACCUUUUGCUAAUAAAUUCAUUUGUGUUUUCAGACAAUGUUGGGAAAAAUAAAAUGAACUGACACUG